UGGAGCAAGUAGCAAGUGGACCCCACAGGCUCUGUCACAAGCACCUGGAUUUGCUGGGGCACCAGACAGAGAGACAGGACCAUGUGGCUGUCCCCAUUUCUGCUCCUUCUCUGCCUCUCAGCUUCUGGCUUAGCUCCUUCCUCUCUGUUCCAGCAUUCUCCCACCCACCAUACCCAUUGGGAUUACAAACACCAUUUGGAAAAAUGUGACCACUUUACAUUUAUGGAGAGUUGUAUGGCUAGAAGGGAAGGGGGAAAGGUGGUGAAGAAAGAUGGCUCUUUGUCCCUGACGGGCCCCAGCUCUGUGACAGGCACUUUGGGUGGCUCUCUGAGUGUGCCAUGUCAGUACGAGGAGGGAUACCAGAGGCAUAACAAAUACUGGUGCCGAGGAGAGUUCGGCAUAACAUGUGAGAAGAUUGUGGAGACCAAGGGAGAAGAGAAAGAAGAGAGGAGUGGGCGUGUGUCUAUCAGAGACCAUGCUGAUAACUUCACCUUUAUAGUGACCAUGGAGAACCUUACUACAGACGAUGCUGGAUCCUACUGGUGUAGAAUUCAGAGAACAUGGUUACCUGACCCUUUAGUCCAGGUUAAUGUGUCUGUUUCUGCAGCACCAAAAAAAACCACAGAGAGGAUCACAUGUCAAGCUGUACCUGCUGACUUUCCGGGGCUGAAAAGCAAGCAGAACCUCAGCACCAAGGAGGUGUUGACCUACUGCUCAGGGUCCUUGCUCAGCAGUGUCCACUUCUUGCUCCUGGUCUUCCUGAAGCUUCCCCUGUUCUUGACAUUGGUGGGUGCUGUCCUCUGGGUGAACAGGCCUCAGAGGGGCUGUGGAGGAAAUAAGCCUAAUGAGGAUAAUCCACAAUGUAGUACACCGUCCCCAGGAAUGGCCUGUCCAGGAAUGUAGCCCUUCAGACUGGACAAGAGAGACCUUCAGACUCUGGACUCCAGGGCAGGGGGGCAGCAGUGCCUGGAUUCUGGAGGGACCCAGGUCUUUUUGAGGGUAUUGUUCCAGUGUCUUGAGGGAGAAUCUUGGGUCUUAGAGGACACUUGCUCUGAGUCCUCAGGUGCAGGAAGGAUGAGUCUCCUGGGCUCAUGCUCGGGGUCCUCCUUUCUCUGCUGCAGAUCCCUUAGCUCCUUGCCCUCAUGCCUACCUCCCAAGGGCAAGAAUUCUCUGGAAGUUGCUGGAAAGCCUGGCCCUUUAUGCUUCUCCUUGCCACAAAAGCUUCUCAGUUCAGUGUUCCCCAGGGCAAUAACCACCUCCUUCCUGCAGCCAGGAGGCUCCGUGAGGACUUGUCCGUCACAACCUCCAUCCUUGGGCUCACAGGGCUUCAACCUCACUUGUGUCCCUGAGACCAGGGAGUGUAUGGCUGGGCUCAGCACCUCUCUGCCUGGGCCGGCCAUGACUGAGAAACUUCAGGUUAAAGCUCUGGCGCUGAUUGGAGCAGUAGUGGGAAGAGUAGUAGGUGCCCCUAACAUCACUCCUGGAAUUCCCCAACUGGGAGGGCCUCCUGUGCACAGAGGUGAUGGAUGUUCCACUUCAGUAGAAGUCUGGCUGAAGUCACAUGUCAACAGCUGGUGCUUUCCACAGGACAAGCAGACAUAGUUUUCCAAAGAAGGGCACAGGGCACAGAGGUGAAGAAAUACUUCCCAAUUGGGAUGGCAUGAUGCCACAGCCAUCACGGGGCAUACCAGCCCCAGCCCCGGAAAGGACUCAGUUGGUUUCAAAUGCUUGUCAGUGGCUCCCCUCUGGAAGUUUGCAGGGACAUACACAGUCUGUCACAAGCACGCGUCCCCGGCUCCACUCAGCUCCUUGUGUCUAGACCAGCCCUCUCGUCUCCGCCACGUGAAGCCUUCCCUGAGCUCGUGAUGCCAGUUUCCAGAAAACGCUCUGAGCUCCUGAGCGCUGUGUUCGCCGGCUGGGUGGUCACGCUCGGAACCCGAGUCCCGGCAUGGCUUCUGCUAGGGCAGGGCCCCUCGGGGCCCCUUGAGGAGAACUGGCACUGGCCCAGGACUCUGCAGACGGAGAAAUUCAAGCAAAGAGGCACAUAUGGACCAUAUGAUAAAACACACACAGGGCGAUGUAGGAAACACAACGCUGGGCAAGAGAGAAGCUUAUGAUGUACUUUAUUCUUUCUCAAACUUAUUUUUAAGUAUUCUAGUUUCUUUACCUUUCCAUAUAAAUUUUAGAGUAAGUUUGUCUACCAAAACAGCCUUGCUGAGAUUUUGAUAGGAAUUGUUUUAAACUUAUAGAUCGUAUUGGGAUAAUCGACAUCUUUCCUGUGUGGAUAAUAUGGUACCUCUCACGAUUUAUUUAAAUAUUCCUUGGCUUAGGUCACCCAAGUUUUGUAAAUUUUAGUAUAUGGAGGGGCGCCUGGGUGGCUCAGUCGUUGAGCGUCUGCCUUUGGCUC